AAUGCGCAGCACUUAGAACGCUGAGUGCGGUUUCGGCGUUUGUUGGAGACGGUUUAUGGCGCGUUACGUUCGUGCGUGUUGUUCGUUCGCUACAGUAAAGUGUUGAGCGUUUUUAAUGCAAUAAGAAAAUAAUACAUAUAUACACAACAAUUUGUUGAUAUACACAUACAUAGAGAAUUAUAUAUAUAUACAUAUAUAUUUAAAUUGUGCUUUAAAGCGAGUGCGCUAGUACGGGCGAACGGGCGAACGGGCGAAACGGACGCGUUACACACGCGUGACGCGAAAAAGUACACGAUUAAGAAAAAACGUGCAUACAUGUAGAGAUAUAUACAAAUAAGAAUCGAGUUUUACAAAUUAUUUUGAUAUUCACACAGUUUUGGGUAUAUAUAUAUACAGUUAUACAUAAAUAUAUAUAUAUUGAGGUGUUGUUGUUGUGCGCAGAAGUAUGCUACGGCGUGUAGUUGUUUAUCAACUUGAAAAAACAUAACAAUCUACUUUUCGGUAGCGUCAUAGACGGCGCGCUUUAUACACACACACCCACACACGAAUAAAUACAUACAUAUAAAAAGAAUCACGACGCGAACAUAAACAACGCCGCGCAACAACAAUCACGUUCACACAACGUCGAGACAAUUUGUUGUUAAUUUCAAUUGAAUUAAGUGAGUCGGAGUGCAUGAUUUUUGGAAGACGACCGUUCAGACGGCAGGCAAAUCAAGGCUUCAAGACUUCAAGUAAUAAACACGCGGCGCUUUAGGGCGUGUUAAGUGAAGUGUCGAGUGCAGUGUCGCGUCGAAAAAACAGACUCCAUAAAUGCCCAUUUAAUUGCCAACUGCAGUGAACAGGACUUUGCGGAGCCUCAACAGGAGUUCGCUAAUAUUUAUAGUACCGCAAUAUAGCAAAAAGUGAAAAGCGUCUGCGAGCAGCUAUAAAAUAGUGCAACGACCUUUCGCUGGCAUGCAAAUGUAUGUGUGUGCUUGCGCAUAAAAGCCAACAGUUCCUUACAACAUAGCAGCGACGCAGACAGACAGACAACAUAAAACGGAAGCGGAAACUUUGCUUUGCUGCUGGAGGAAGAGUUAAAGAGUUUUAGUUGCAGACGUCGUUAACGCCCAAAAACCUCCCCACGCAUACUGUGCCUUUUAACUACACACACACACACACACAAACAAACACAAGCAAAUAUACACGUACAAGUCUAAUAAGAAUACUCAGUGGUGGUGCAGCGUCUUCACACAAACACACACACACAUAAAUCUAUUUACAACAACAAUAAUGCCGAAAUUACUGAUGUUGUUGAGAGUUGAGUUUUGAAUUGGCCUCAUUGUUUUUGGUUGCAACGGCAAAUGAAAAUCGAUUUUCCACCCAAAACACAAAGAACCCACCAACACGCCUGCAACCCACAAGCCAUCAGCGCUGAAAACUGAAAACCGUGUGCCUCAGCAAAAUACUCGAGCGGAUUAUUUGAAUACGCAAACCCAAGCGCAAUUUCCAAUAAAAAUAAAUAAGCGAUAAAUUCGAAAAAGGUGAAUGCGCCGCUUUACUCGUUGACCUUUCGUGUGCGCGCAUUAAACAGUAGAAGGGGCAGCAGUCGAUCCACCCUCAUGCUUCUAACGGAUUUACCUCAACAAUUUAAUUGUGUAAGGUAGCAGUAGAGCAGCGCAGCAAAGCAAAGGCAACAACAAAUAGUUGAUAAUAAAUCGAAUUGCACUCAUCAAACGUCAAAUGAGUUUCAUAAUUGAAAGUGGCAGCACGUCAGCAGUGAAUACUAAAGCAACAACAGCAACAGCAAUAACAACAAUAGAGCGAGCAAUCAGCGACGACGACGAGGACAGCCAAAUUGACUCUGGCAGGAGCAACGGCAGUCAAGAGUCAUUGCGGCGUCAGCAAACGCGUCUACCCAGACCCACACGUACCUCACCACCACCCCCGAAACCACCGAAACCGCUGAAGUUGACGAAGUGCCACAGCAGUGAGCAUCAGUUGCAACAUUUACUACACAAUCCAGCGAUUUGCAAGCAACACGAAAUCAACCAGAUAAAUCACGCGCUGUUACAACAACAGCAACAGCAGCAACAACAAAUCAAGCAUCAGCAUCCGCAUCAUCAUCAACAUCUUCACAAGCAUAUUCAUAGCCAUCAUCAGCAUCAGCAUCUGCCUCAGCAAACACAAACUCAGAGUCAAUUUACUUCACAGCAACAGCUGCAACAACAACAACAACAACAGCAAGUCGAACAAAUUGAUAGCGGUAGUUUAAUGCCUUCGCUGGAUUACGGUGUGCCGCCACCGCUGCCGCCAAAACCGAAAACUUUAGUACACAUCAAACCGCAACAGCAACAACAACAACAACAACAGCUGUUGCAAAAACAACAAUUGUUGCAACAACAAUUGCAAAAGCAAUUGCAGCAACAGCUGAAACAUGUGUUAAAACCAGCACCGCUACCAGCGUUAGAUCAACAACAAUUACAAAUACAACAACAACAGUCACCGGCGUCACAUUCCAAUGACACAAAAUAUCAACCACCAAAAUCGCCAAAACCACCAGCAUCCCCACGUACCCCGAAAUCACCACAACCAUCUCCCGCCCCGCACGAAUCUCCAACCAAGUUCAAGAAAGACACGGUGAAAACCCAAACAUUACAAUUUCAUCAUUUUCGUCAUCACAAGUCGGCGCCCACAUUCGAUCUCUUCUUCAAAUCGCCCACAAACUCAUCAUGUACCACGCCCCUGUCGAAGUCACGCCGCAACAGCUCAUAUCAUUCGUACGAUGAUCUCGACGCCACGAGCGCUGAGAAGAAAGUGGUGUCCAGUUUGAAAUAUUUGUGCGCCUGCACGGGCGCCACCUUGCGCAAUCUCUCGAAGAAAACAAAAGAUUUGCAUGCGAAAAAUUACUGUUACACGAAGCCCACGUGGCGUCUCUGGGGCGAGGAGCACGAGAAGAAUGCCAUUUUUACAGUCUACCUUAAGAAGGUGCGCUACCAUCGACCCACACCAUCGGCGAAUAACGAUUCGGACGAUGAAAUUAGCCACCUCGAAUGGGAAACGGUGCGAGUGCGCUUCGUGAAGGCGGCCACAUUGGCGCGCCUAGUCGAGGCGUUAGCCACAGACGAUGGUGAAUUGGAGUCGACAUUCAUCAAUGUGUUCCUCUCCACCUACCGCACCUUCUCCACGCCCAAAGAGGUGCUCAAUCUGCUAAUACGACGCUACGACACACUCAAUGACAAGCAUCUGCAAGAGAUCGAAGAGCACCAACAAUUGGAGGAUGUCAAUUACGAUCCGGCGGCGUCCAUACAUGAACAACACAAAAAAACACUAGUCUCGGCGUUACAUGUGUGGUUGGAUGGUUUCCCGGAGGAUUGGAAUGAGGACAACCUGCGGCAGAUAUUAACGUUUGCCUCGAAGCGCUUGCCGCGCUCCGAGCUGCAUUUGAAGGUGCUGCAUCGACUGGAGCGCAUACUGCGUCAGCAGGUGUAUGGCGAGAGUAGUGUGCCGCCAUGGCUAGCGAGCGGCGUGGGUGCGAAUGCCAAUGGCGGUGGCAUGAAUAUGAGCAUGAGCGUGGGUCUGCUGCCGCAACAGUACAACGCAGAGUUCACGGAGCAAUUUGCGGGGCUGUGUUUGGCGCCGGCGUUUCGUGGACCCACGCAUUUCCUGCAGGCAUUCCGUUUCCCACAUGUGCCGGUGCGUCAUUUCGCCGAACAGCUGACGCGCAUGGACUCGGAGCUGUUCAAGCGGCUGAUACCGCAUCAGUGCCUCGGUGCAACGUGGGCUCGCCGCGAUAAAAGUGGCUCCGAGACAGUGGUGGCCACCAUUAAUCAAUUCAAUGCUGUGCUCUUUAGAGUCAUUUCCAGCAUACUGAUAGAGCCCAGACUCAAACCGCAGGAGCGUGCUUUAAAUAUUGCCACCUGGAUUGACAUUGCGCAAGAGUUGCGUUUGCUGAAGAACUUCUCUUCGCUGAAGGCGAUUAUAUCCGGACUGCAAUCGAAUCCUAUUUACAGACUUUCAAAAAUAUGGGCCGUGCUACCCAAAGAAAAGAUGGAGAUUUUCAAUGAACUUGCCAGAAUAUUUUCGGAGGACAACAACGCUUGGGCGCAGCGCGAAGUACUCAUGCGUGAGGGCACUGCGAAAUUCGCCGAUACGGUGGGUGAGCACGAUCGCCAUCUGCAGAAGAUCAUACAGAAACAAAGCACGCAGACGUCGCAUGGCACCAUACCAUACCUGGGCACCUUCCUCACUGACCUAACAAUGAUACACGCCGCCAUACCGGACACGAUAGGCGAACACCAGCUCAUCAAUUUCGACAAAAAACGCAAAGAGUUCGAAGUGCUGGCGCAAAUCAAAUUGCUACAGGGUGCCGCCAAUACGUACAACCUGCGCGAAGACACCAAUUUCGAUCGCUGGUUUGCGUCGGUGCUAGUGCUGGAUGAGCGUGAAGCGCAUGCACUCUCCUGCCAACUCGAGUCGCCACCACCAGCGCCGCGCAAAUCGACCGCGUCGACGAAUACAUCGCUAACGAACACGUCGAUCUCCUCGAACUCCAUGGGUGGUAAUGGACACCGCAAGACCGAUUCGAUAGCGUCGAACUCGAGCAGCGGCGCUGGCUCACAGUUCUACUGUGAACUGAACAACAGCUAUAGCUCGCACUACAGUUCGCGACACAAUUCGCUCGAUCGCGACGCACAGGCGCCGAAUGCAUCGCUCAUGUCAGCCUCCAGCAGCGUCUCGAAUCUGUCGAUGGACUCGAGCAACUCGGGCGGCCAGAAAUCGAAUACGAAAAUGACACACUCACACUCGACAAAUGGUGUGCGCGGCAGCGGUAACAACAACACACAGCUGAAUGUCGGCUCGCCCAUCAUAAACGCGCAGCUGGUGCAAUCGCCGGGCACGAAGACAAAUAAUGCGCCCGACUUCUACAUCAUCAGGGUGACGUAUGAGACGGAGAAUGUAGAGUUGGACGGCAUUGUGCUGUACAAGAGCAUAAUGCUGGGCAACAACGAGCGCACACCGCACGUCAUACGGAAUGCGAUGAUGAAGCUCGGUCUCGAGGCUGACCCCGACGACUACACGCUCGCACAGGUGCUGCCCGACAAGGAGCUGGUGAUGCCGAAGAACGCGAACGUCUACUACGCGGUGAACACGACCUACAAUUUGAACUUCAUCCUGCGACCGAAGAAGAAAGACGGCGCCAGCAAUGGCAGCUAGUGCAACGGGUUGCAGCUGAAGUUGGAGUUCCGCACGACGGUCGUGCUGCUGGUGCUUUAGAUGUGCGACCUGGACACGUAGUGACCUACGCUACAAAACUACAACUACAACAGAGGAUUUAUAAAUAGAUAUACAUGUGAAAAAUACAUAUAUUUCAUACUCACAAAGAUAAUUUUCCAUUUUGGAAGCGAUUUAUGAUUUAUGCAAUCUCAAAUAAUGGACAAAUAAUUAGUGUACAUAACUGUUGUAUUUUAGCUUAAUUUUUAAAUAUUUGUAUUUAUGUAACUUAUCUCUUUUGUAAUCAUAUACUAUGUAUGUAUAUAUGUAUGUGUAAGUUUAUAAUUAAUUUAAUUUAGUUUAAUUUAAUUUUUAUAUGAAUUUUGUGUUUUUUUUUGUUUUUGUAAUAUGCGAAAUUUAGCUUAUGUCUGCGCGUUUAUAAUUAUACUCCUUUUUAUACAACUUGUGAAAAUCUCUAACGUUUAUUUAUUACGUAUGUUCAGCGCAUAAGUUUUGUUGCUUUAAUAAUGCUUUAAAGAGAGAAAACGAAUAACAACAAAAUACUUGUAAAGUGGAAGAAUGUGAAGUAUACAACAAUAACUGUAAUUAAAGUCGUAUUUUAAUUAAGAUUUAAUUGUAUAACGUUUAUUUAAUGCGAGUUCGGCAUGAAGGUCGCGGUUUUAUGGAACCCACUGAAGCAAUGUUUUAUUUAAAAAAAAAUAGUUUAAAGGGGUUCAAAUAAAUUUUUU